AUGGCCUCUAAUCCCUUAGCGCAGGCCUUGCGACAGCUUAAUGCGGCUCCCGAGUUCAACCCUAGGUACGACAGGCCUAAUGACUACGCGCCAUUGGAGCUGGGGGGCCUGUACUCUAGCCGUGAUAAAUGCAAGGAGGCCGUUUAUGCGUACGCUCUAGAGCAUCGGCAGGGUUACGCCGAGGGGUUAGCCAACAGUAUUCCCAUCCUCGCUCGGCGAUACGGCAAUUUGGUCCGUGCAAAUCCAUUCAUCUCACCCGUGGAGCUCAAAAGAAUGCUCGAGGGUCAUGGAAGGGUAGUGAUCCACUACUGGCAGGCUUGGCGGCUUCGAGAGUACAUCUUAAAGGAGCGAUAUGGAGAUUGGAAGGAGUCCUUUCGCCAGGUUCCGUGGCUUCUCACUCGUUUCACAGUCAUCGAUCCGGAAGUUCAAGUGCGGUUGGACACAUUAGAUCGGUGUUUCCACCGAUUCUACGUGCGUCCCUCUGCAGCACGGCAUGCGUUAAAUUAUUGCCGCCCGGUUGUUGCGCUCGACGGUACACAUCUCAUUAGUGCGCAGAAGGCUGUGCUGCUCAUCGCCGUCACCAUUGACGGGAACCAGGAGAUUCUGUUACUUGCAUGGGCCUUGGUGGAGUCGGAGAACAAGGACGCGUCGACCUGGUUUCUGAAGCUGUUCCUUGAGGGGUUCCCAGAGUGGGCGCGUAGGGACGAUGCCUCCAUCAUCAGCGAUCGCGAUAAGGGGUUGGUGCCGGCAGCAAGGGAGGUGAUGCCAAGCCACAUCCCCCAUUAUUUCUGUGCGUGGCAUCUGGAGCAGAACCUUAAGCGGUUCGGCAAAGCGGCAACAGCGUUCUUCUGGCGCUUGGGAUACCAGACGAAGGGGAUGGCGGAGCGGCUGCUUUUGGCAUCGGCCGUGGAGGGUGAGGACGAGCUUCAUCUGGACGUGGUCGCAGAGGGAGAGGCGGUGGCGUUGCAGGGGCGGGCCUUGGCAGGGGAGGUAGAGGAGUGCCCCCCGCGGGCGAUUGCGGAGGGCAUGGGGGUGCCGGAUCAGACUUCACGGGGGUUGGUGGUGGAGUACGGGAAGAGCCGCUCGGUGGGGCCGCCGGGGAGCAGGGGGAUGCUGGCGCGGGAUGGUCCGGACUUGCAGGUGGAGGGAGGGGAGUCCCGCUUGGUGGGGCUCCUGGAGGGCAGGGGGGUGCAGGAGCAGGAUGGUCCGGCAUUGGAGGUGGAGGGAGGGGAGUCCCGCUUGGUGGGGCUCCUGGAGGGCAGGGGGGUGCAGGAGCAGGAUGGUCCGGCAUUGGAGGUGGAGGGAGGGGAGUCCCGCUUGGUGGGGCUCCUGGAGGUCAGGGGGGUGCAGGAGCAGGAUGGUCCGGCAUUGGAGGUGGAGGGAGGAGAGUCCCGCUUGGUGGGGCUCCUGGAGGUCAGGGGGGUGCAGGAGCAGGAUGGUCCGGCAUUGGAGGUGGAGGGAGGGGAGUCCCGCUUGGUGAUGCUUCUGGAGGGCGAGGACGCGGCGGAGCAAGAUGGACCCAGGCGACACCACUGCGGGCCACGCGGUGAUGUUACGUUUGGGGUUGGCCUGGGCGCGAAUUUCAUGGGUGGGGUGGGGUCCGUUGGAAGGGGGGGCUCACCAGUGCCCUCUGGGGGCGACGUGCAGCGAGCUCCAGCAUCUGUGCGUGAUAAUGGUUUGGCAUCAUGCUCCACGGGUGAUGGGAUAGGCGCUCUCACCACUUUGGGGAACCCGGGUGCACGAGCAUUUGACGUCAACACGGUCCUGCGACGUGCCCGGGAGUGGUACCGGUCAGAGGACAUUGACACGGGGAGGACCACGGGCACUCAGGGAUCUGAGAUGGGUGGGUUUACUGAGCACUUCCACCCAGCAUCGGCUCUGGCUCUGCCAUGGCCAGACUGCGGGCAGCGGGAGAACAUUCCUGCGCCAGGGCCGGAUGAGCCAGCAUGUGAGGAUGAUCCGGUGCCAGUGGAUGCUACGGAGGAUGGGGAUGAGGCGGCCGAUGUUGAUGGAGGACCCGAAAUACAUGUGCGCACAGGGUUCUACCGUAACAGGCGCGGAUCCUCUUAUCGCAUUGGGGGAAUCAUGCUCAUGCACUGGGCCCGUCUGUUUGCGGUGACACUGCGUUCUGGCAUCUACACAAGCAACGCCGCGGAGUCCAUCAACAGCGCUGUCCGCGGCAUCCGAAUGCUGCCACCAACGUGGCUCCUAGCAUCCCUUUGGGAUUGGUCUCGCGACAAGUGGUACGAGAGGAAGGAGAAGGCGCGCUGCAGGGAUGAGUAUCUCACGGCUGCCGCAUCGAAACGACUGGACCAAAAGAAGCAGAGGUGCCAGGGGUAUUGGUUCAUCGGUGGGGACAACUCUGUGGGAACCAUCCAGACCAGGGGGGGGGGAAACGAGUCCCAGUGGCGGAGCUUCAACGUGAACCUCGAUGCCCGGACGUGCGAGUGCGGGAACUGGGAGGAGUACCAGUUCCCUUGUGCCCACGCCGUGGCAAUGUGCAUUCUGAAGCAGCGGAGUGUGGAGAUCCUUGUGUCUGAGUACUACACCACUCGCAAUCUUCGCCAGACAUACAACCGGGAUGUGAUGGGUACCUGUGUGGACCGGCUGAUUAUGGAGGCUCCACUGGCACAAGUGGGCGAGUGCGAUGCACCAGCGCUGAUUGAGACGAGGGUUGGGAGGCCAGAGAAUCACACCCGGUUCGAGGCACCGCCGCACGCUUAUCGGUGUGGUCGAUGCCGACAGUAUGGGCACAACCGCAAAAGGUGCAAGUACAAGUACGGUGGGUACGGUCAGGCGCCGGCUGCGGUGGGGGAGGAGGUGGAGGAGGAGGAGGAGGAGGAGGAGGAGGAGGAGGGGGAGGAUGGAACUGCUACAGGAGAGCAUGGAGGGGGGCACCAAGCUGCCCAUGAAUGA